GCCAGCGAAAGCGAACUGCGCCAAUCGCACGCAUCACUCUCGACAGAUAUCGUGCCUGCGAAGCAAUCAGCAGCUGCCCCGGCAGCCGAGCACCGCACGACGACGCUGCCUUUGGUCCAGAGUACUCUUGAGAGUGCUCUCCCUGCCUUUCAAUCUUAGAGCGCCGCGCUCGCGGUCAGGCGCCGAAGACACAAGAUGACGCUCACGCACGUCGUCCUGCUGCAGUGGAAGCCCGGCACGCCGGAAAGCGUCGUCGAGCCCGGCCUGAAAAAGCUCGGCCAGAUCCCGGUCACCGAGACCUACAUCCUGUCGUACCGCAUCGGCAAGGAUGAUUCAGAAUUUGGCAGAAGGAAUAUGACCCACGACGUCGCCAUCGUCGCGGAGUUCGCGACGGAGGACGACUACCGCCGCUACACGAAAGCUAGAAAUCACUUGGACGCGUUCGGUUUAUUGAAGCCGCACCUGAUGCGCCGGCACGCGGUGCAGACGUGCGCGAUGAUGGAGUGGGCGACGCCCUGCUCGCAGCGGACGCCGCCGUCGAAUACCAGGGUCUUCGCCGCGCUGGUCUGCGGCGUCGCGCUCGGGCGCUUGCUCGCGCGCCGAUGACAGCACCACCUAUAUUCAACCCGCACGGACCCGGGCAGGCUUCACUCCGUUCAACUUGGCCGGGUUUUUCCUCCGUGCGACUAUAAUUCCUUAAAGC